GCAGCGGGUCAGAGGUGACCGGCAAGAUGUCGGCCGUCAGCGGCAUUGAGCGGCGGUAGCGCGGCUCAUCUGUGUGACAGGGGCCGGGCGGAGGCGGCUGAGAGUGGCCGAGGAGGGGAGGCGAGGCCGGGUGGCCGGGCGCUCAGGGUGCACGGGCCGCCGCCGGGAAUGCGCCACAGCCCCCCGAGCAGCCGGCAAGGCGAGCCCCGCCGGAGCUCUUCAUGCCGCCCACCGGCAUAGAGCCCUCCAGGAUGAACAGGAAGAAAGGAGACAAGGGCUUCGAAAGCCCACGGCCGUACAAAUUAACCCAUCAGGUCGUCUGUAUCAACAACAUAAACUUCCAGAGAAAAUCUGUUGUGGGAUUUGUGGAGCUGACUAUAUUUCCUACAGUUGCAAACUUGAAUAGAAUCAAAUUAAACAGUAAGCAGUGUAGGAUAUACCGAGUUAGGAUCAAUGACCUGGAGGCCGCUUUUAUUUAUAAUGAUCCAACCUUAGAAGUUUGUCACAGUGAAUCAAAACAGAGAAAUCUCAAUUAUUUUUCCAAUGCAUAUGCAGCUGCCGUUAGUGCUGUGGAUCCUGAUGCGGGGAAUGGAGAACUCUGCAUUAAGGUCCCAUCAGAGCUCUGGAAGCAUGUUGAUGAGUUGAAGGUUCUGAAGAUACAUAUUAAUUUUUCUUUGGAUCAGCCGAAAGGAGGUCUUCAUUUUGUGGUACCCAGUGUAGAGGGGAGUAUGGCAGAGAGAGGUGCUCAUGUCUUCUCUUGUGGGUAUCAGAAUUCUACAAGAUUUUGGUUCCCGUGUGUUGAUUCAUACUCUGAGUUGUGUACAUGGAAGUUAGAAUUUACAGUAGAUGCUGCAAUGGUGGCCGUGUCCAAUGGAGAUUUGGUGGAGACAGUGUAUACCCAUGAUAUGAGGAAGAAGACCUUCCAUUAUAUGCUCACUAUUCCUACAGCAGCGUCCAAUAUCUCCUUGGCCAUCGGGCCUUUUGAAAUACUUGUAGAUCCAUAUAUGCAUGAGGUUACACAUUUUUGUUUACCCCAACUUCUUCCAUUACUUAAACAUACCACGUCAUACCUUCACGAAGUUUUUGAAUUUUAUGAAGAAAUUUUGACUUGUCGAUAUCCUUACUCCUGUUUUAAGACCGUCUUCAUUGAUGAGGCUUACGUUGAAGUGGCUGCUUACGCUUCUAUGAGUAUUUUUAGCACAAACCUCCUGCACAGUGCCAUGAUUAUAGAUGAGACGCCGCUGACCAGACGGUGCUUAGCGCAGGCCUUAGCACAGCAGUUCUUCGGAUGCUUCAUAUCCAGAAUGUCUUGGUCUGAUGAAUGGGUGCUGAAGGGAAUUUCCGGCUAUAUUUAUGGACUCUGGAUGAAAAAAACUUUUGGUGUUAAUGAGUACCGCCACUGGAUUAAAGAGGAGCUAGAUAAAAUAGUGGCGUAUGAACUGAAAACCGGGGGAGUUUUAUUACAUCCCAUAUUUGGUGGUGGAAAAGAAAAGGAUAACCCCGCAUCUCAUCUUCACUUUUCAAUAAAGCAUCCACAUACACUGUCCUGGGAGUACUACACUAUGUUUCAGUGUAAGGCUCACCUUGUGAUGAGACUGAUUGAGAACAGAAUCAGCAUGGAGUUUAUGCUACAGGUCUUCAAUAAACUCCUAAGUCUGGCUAGCACCGCCUCAUCUCAGAAGUUCCAGUCACACAUGUGGAGCCAGAUGCUGGUUUCCACCUAUGGGUUUUUGAAAUCCAUUUCCAACGUCUCUGGCAAAGACAUCCAGCCCUUAAUAAAGCAGUGGGUAGAUCAGAGUGGAGUAGUAAAAUUUUACGGAAGUUUUGCGUUUAAUAGAAAACGAAACGUUUUAGAACUAGAAAUAAAACAAGAUUACACAUCUCCGGGAACUCAGAAGUAUGUGGGACCACUUAAAGUGACAGUGCAAGAGUUAGACGGAUCCUUCAACCAUACCUUGCAAAUUGAAGAAAACAGCCUUAAACAUGAUAUACCCUGCCACUCUAAAAGCAGAAGGAAUAAGAAGAAAAAAAUCCCACUGAUGAAUGGGGAGGAAGUUGACAUGGAUCUUUCUGCAAUGGACGCUGAUUCCCCUUUGCUGUGGAUAAGGAUAGACCCAGACAUGUCAGUCCUGAGGAAGGUGGAAUUUGAGCAGGCUGAUUUCAUGUGGCAGUAUGAACUCCGCUACGAGAGAGAUGUUGUUGCUCAGCAGGAAUCCAUCCUGGCCUUGGAAAAAUUCCCCACCCCGGCAUCUCGUCUUGCACUCACUGAUAUUCUAGAGCAGGAGCAGUGUUUCUACCGAGUUAGAAUGUCAGCGUGCUUCUGUCUUGCAAAGAUUGCAAACUCAAUGGUGAGCACAUGGACAGGACCACCAGCCAUGAAGUCUCUCUUCACUAGAAUGUUUUGUUGUAAAACAUGUCCAAACAUCGUGAAAACAAACAACUUCAUGAGCUUUCAGAGCUAUUUUCUACAGAAGACUAUGCCGGUUGCCAUGGCUUUGUUAAGAGAUGUACAUAAUCUUUGUCCCAAAGAAGUUUUAACAUUUAUUUUAGAUUUAAUCAAGUAUAAUGACAACAGGAAAAAUAAGUUUUCAGAUAACUAUUAUCGUGCAGAAAUGAUUGAUGCCCUGGCUAAUUCUGUUACACCUGCUGUCAGUGUGAAUAAUGAAGUUAGAACUUUGGAUAACUUGAAUCCUGAUGUUCGACUAAUUCUUGAAGAAAUAACCCGGUUUUUGAAUAUGGAGAAACUUCUCCCAAGUUACAGACACACUAUCACUGUCAGUUGCUUGAGAGCCAUAAGAGUGCUUCAGAAGAAUGGACAUGUGCCAAGUGAUUCAUCUCUUUUCAAAUCCUAUGCGGAGUACGGCCAUUUUGUGGACAUCAGGAUCGCCGCUCUAGAAGCUGUUGUUGAUUACACAAAAGUGGACCGGAGUUAUGAAGAACUUCAGUGGCUACUUAAUAUGAUUCAGACUGAUCCUGUACCUUAUGUAAGGCAUAAGAUUCUAAACAUGUUGACAAAGAAUCCACCAUUUACAAAGAACAUGGAGUCUCCCUUAUGCAAUGAAGCCCUAGUAGAUCAGCUCUGGAAACUGAUGAAUUCUGGGACUGCACAUGACUGGAGGUUACGGUGUGGUGCUGUGGACCUGUACUUCACCCUGUUUGGCCUCAGUAGACCUUCCUGUUUACCCUUGCCAGAGCUCGGGCUUGUUCUUAAUCUAAAGGAGAAAAAAGCUGUCUUGAAUCCUACCAUAAUUCCAGAAGCUGGAGCAAGCAACCAGGAAUCUCUGAGUAACCCAGGCUGUCAUGCACAGCUAGCUGGAUUUCAGAACCCUUUUUCAAGUUCUCAAGAUGAGGAGGAGGUGGAUAUGGACACUGUUCAUGAUAGUCAGGCCUUCAUUUCCCAUCAUCUGAACAUGCUUGAAAGGCCGUCUACUCCAGGGCUUUCUAAAUACCGGCCAUCAAGCUCCAGAUCUUCCUUGAUGCCCCAGCAUUCAUUAGGCUGUGACAUCAUACCAACCACAAAACCCCAGUGGAGUAUGGAACUGUCCCGAAAGGGAACAGGUAAAGAGCAGCCGUUGGAGAUGAGUGUGCACUCCAUGGUAGCGGCUCCACUCUCAGUGUUUGCUAAGGAGUCGACGUCCUCUCGGCACAGCGAGCACCAUCACCACCAUCACCAUGAGCACAAGAAGAAGAAGAAGAAGCACAAGCACAAGCACAAGCAUAAGCACAAGCACGACAGCAAGGACAAGGACAAGGAGCCCUUUGCCUUCUCCAGCCCCGCCAGCGGCCGGUCUGUGCGCUCCCCGUCCCUCUCGGACUGAAGCUGUGCGGAGCCCUUCCAGAGUCCUGCCCAGAAGGCGGUUCUAAUGCCUGGUCCUCUGUGCAGGAGGAUGCAAGGGGGAUAUAGAGAAACUGAGAGUGCGCUUGAGGUCUGGCAUUCAGUUUCUGUUCUCUGUAUAACUGGGAUCUAAGUAGGAACUGGUUUUUUGGUUCUGGAUGAACUGUCCCGUCCCUUGUUUCUUCCUGGAAACACAGAGUGACUUCUUUUUAUAAGAGCCUUCAUAUCCACUGCAGAUCCAUUCACAUACUGGUCUCCUGUGGACUGCCAAGGUCAGGUGUGCUUGAAAGCCUUUGAUGGGUGUCAUGGGCAGAAGGACAUUUCAGCAGAAGUAACUGCCAGAUCUGGGAUACCCAGUGUUUUCAGGAAGUGCUGAAUAACACCACUUGGAAUUGCUGGAAAGAUGGACCUUUCUGUAAGACUCAUCCUUCUUGGCUGCUUUCUGGGUUAGCCAUAGAAAAUAAGUACCAUCAUUUAUGAGCAAAGAAUCUUGUAUUUCCUUUUACCCUAAAGUACAAAAAGUUUGGAAAGAAAUUAUUUUUAAAAACAUUUGAAGUAACUAUCUUUUGAUAGUACAUUUGGUGAUUUUGAGGUUGCAAUUUAGCAAAACAGUCAGAUCCACUCUUCUUCUCAAAUCAAGAUGUUUAAAUUACAUUUUGUUUUGUCUUCCAUUAAGUACAAGUGAAUGUGUUUAUAUGUAAAAUAUGUGUUGCUGAAUGUGGACAGUUUACACACAUGAUUCGUAUUCUUUCUAAAAUUACUGUGUAUAUAAGGCAGGCAUGGUGCUGCAUGCCUGUAAUCUCAGUAUUUGAGAGGUCGAGGUAGGAGGAUCGCUCAAGACCAGCCUGAGAUACAUGAGAAUCUGUAUCAAGAAAGCAAAGUAACAAAAGUUACUGUCUAUAACAAAAUAGGAUAAUUUAAAAAGGUGUGUUUAUUUGUUAUUUAUCGGCUUGGACAUAAUAAUUUGGCCCACAUUGUAGUAUACCAACAACAGUUUAAAAAUAUGUGUGCAGUGUUUGGGUUUUAUAUUUUAACAGUUUGUAUGGUUGUAUGUUUUGUCUUGGUUAUUUUGUUUUUUGGAAUUUACCAGGUUCUCUGUUAAUUUUUUUUUUCAUAUCCAGUUUUUGUCGUUUCCCUUGUUAUUAAAACGUUGGACUAAAUUCUUAUUCUCAGAAUAAAUACUUCAAAAGGGAUCCAAUAAUGCUGGACUUUUAAAUAAUAAAUAACUUUUUAAGGUCAA